AUGGGAUCAUCAUGUAAUUCAAUCAAAUAAGAAUAAAGUUCAGUUGAGUAAGAUAUUCCAGAAUAAGAAGGACAAAUCAAAGGAAUUACAUAAAAUUGUGUAGUCAAAAAAAAAUAUUUUGGUUUAAAAAACGACCAACAAAUCUAAGAGAUUCUUUAAAUUGAAAAAAAAUCACUAUAUAUCCCAAUAGAAUCUCAAUAAAAUUACAUUCUUUUUCAUUCUAUUCUUUAUUAGAGUGAAAUUGCUAAAUCUAAAACAUCUGAAACUUCAAGAAAACAUCCAAUUAAGAGAAAUAAUAGUAAAAUUAAAAUCAACAAUAAAAAUAUUCAAAUAGAAGAAUAUUAUCAAAGAUUAUAAAAAGGUAGAAUUAUUUAUUCUUAUUCCUUCAAAGAAUGA